ACAUUGAUAGUAUUCGCAGUCAGUCCUCCACGGGAAAGAAACUCAAUCGCAUCAGCGCGCGGACGGAGCUAUGUUUCACGAGCUCUCGAGUGCAGUGUGAUACAUUACAUAUAAAAGCAAGUUUGGUGUGCGGAUUAUUUCCUCCGCGAGGCACGUCGUCUCGCGAGAUUGAUGCAGUGCGUCUGUCAAUCGAGUGCGUACCUAUGAGUGAUAACAAAUCGAUGUGUGUUUUGACGGCAAGCCAAUUAUCAUCGACCACAAGUGCGGCGGUCGCGAGGGCGGGAAGAUGAUCUCUGAGCCGAGAAUCAUAAUCACAAGGACCAGGAGGAAAGGAGCAGCAGCAGCGGCAGCAGCAAACGCGACGACGAGGCUCGCUGUGCCUGCUACUGCUUCUACUACUGUACUUGCUACUGCCAAAUAAGGCCCAACAUCGGAGCACGGCCAGCGUUUCUCGUUCAACCUGUGUUGUAUACUUUCGUCUCGCCGUCUCUCUCGCUCUCUGUCUCGUUUUUCGAGCUCGACUUACUUGGCCUGUCUGUGUAUCUACGUAUAUCUAUGUGUAGUGUGCAAGCCUUCGACAAAUCCUUAAUUUUAUAACGGAGGAUUUGCUCGAGUUUUUUUCUUCGUCCUCCGUUUCGGCACCAACGAAAUAAAGGAGCCAUGGCUUCCUCGACCAGAAGAUCCUGGAAACUCCAGGAUUUUGUUGCCCAUUCUGCAAAUAUCAAUUGUCUAUCAUUGGGUCACAAAUCAGGAAGGGUUUUAGUCACUGGUGGUGAUGAUAAAAAAGUCAAUUUAUGGGCAGUUGGAAAACAAAAUUGUAUUAUGAGCCUUAGUGGCCAUACAACUCCUAUAGAAUGUGUCAGAUUUGGACAAACAGAGGAUCUAGUCUGUGCUGGCUCACAGACUGGAGCUUUAAAAAUUUGGGAUCUGGAACAUGCCAAAUUAGCCCGUACUUUGACAGGUCACAAGCUAGGCAUUCGCUGCAUGGAUUUUCAUCCGUAUGGUGAAUUACUGGCCUCAGGCAGUUUAGACACAGCUAUAAAACUUUGGGAUAUUAGAAGGAAAGGUUGUAUAUUCACAUAUAAAGGCCAUGACAGGAUGGUGAACAAUCUCAAAUUCAGCCCUGAUGGGCAAUGGAUAGCUAGCGCAGGAGAAGAAGGCAUGGUGAAAUUGUGGGAUUUACGAGCGGGCCGACAGCUGCGCGAAUUCUCAAAUCAUACAGGUCCGGCCACGUGCGUAGAAUUUCAUCCCCACGAGUUCCUACUAGCCAGUGGUGGCGCCGAUCGCGUGGUACAUUUCUGGGAUUUGGAAUCGUUUCAGCUCGUUUCGUCGACCGACCAAGCGAACUCUGCUCCGAUAAGGAGCAUAUUCUUUAGUCACGGUGGAGAAUGUUUAUUCGCUGGCUGCCAAGAUGUGAUGAAAGUUUACGGAUGGGAGCCAGCACGCACCUUCGAUACCAUACCCGUAGGCUGGGGAAAGAUACAAGACAUAGCGAUAGCUCAAAAUCAACUCAUCGGCGCAGGUUUUCACGCAGCCAGUGUCGUCCUUUACGUGUGCGAUCUGAAGAAAAUAGCACCUCUGGGCAGUAGCUCCGGAACAGGUGAAACGUCACCCUCUCCUUUUUCCUAUGGAAAUUCACUGAGAAAGAGCUUCUCCAAGGAACGGCCCGCUAGUCUGAAAAAACACACGAUGGAGGUGAAAACGAUCGAGGAGGACAAAUCUGGCACGGAUCCGGAGGAGGAAGAAGCGAAUUUCGAUAUUCCCAACGUUUCCGAGUACAGAGACGUGUUUCAGCCCACGCGAUCACAUGAAAUGAGUGAGCAUGCGUCUUGUGCACGGUAUGUUUCAGUAACUCGCACUCCACCUCCAGAGCCCGAGGCUUUCCCAGAGCCUCCAGAGGAACCAGAAAUUCAACACCAGCAACCUUCACCGAUGGUCCGUAGCUUAUCCAAUUCAAUGUCGAGCUUGUUGAGCGCCGAUGCCGAAGACAAUGAAAACAAUCUGUCGUCGACGUCUCCACCGACGUCGACGAAUUCUGUUUCGAUGCCAAAACCAACUUCCGUCAGGGUACAGCCGAUCAAGCAGACGCCGCUCAUACAGAGGAGUCCUAUACCACCUAUAUCUUCAACGAGCCAAAUCAGAGCAACGUUACAAGCGAAUAGUAAAAAUUCGAAGAAUCUAGCGCCAGUGCCACCGUUGAGGCAUCAGGGACAAAAUUCAAACCUAGUUAAACGAAGUUCUCCGAUGCCACCGCCGAAGCCGUUGGGCCCUCAACGCUCCAAUACCACGCUGACGCCGCGCAACGCGCCUAUGGCUGCCGUCUCGCCUGUCAUGGAUGACGGGAAAUUGAAGUCUCGAGCUAACAGUCCAGAUUACCCAAAGCAGCUCAUCAAAAGAGGCAAGGAUAACGGAGAGAGUUACGACAGCGACUUUCCCGUCAAAAUUUCAUCAAAUUUGAAACACAGUCCUUCGGAGCCACAGCUAAAUAGGCCAAAUACGGCACGCUCUCAGUCCACCACGCGUAAUCUCGGUUCAUCGGGUCCUCUGUCGGCGCGUAAUAACGGCACAGGACCAACGCAGCGCAGGCCACCACCUAACCGAGCUCAAAUAGCGCCAAGCCCGAAGACUGAGAUUCGAGUGGCUCAAUUGAAGCCCAGUGUACAAAGCAAGCAACAGGACAUGGAGGAAUUCGUGUCGAUGACGGCUGACAAACCUUAUGGUCUCGAUGUCGACUCUUUUUUACCGAAAAACUAUUCCGGACAGACGUCACUAGAUUACGCGCAAAUGGGUGUUUACAGUGAGAUGUCAGAGGCUGAAGUAUUCAAUACGAUGAUGCGUGGCCACGAGUCUAUGAUGGCUGUGCUCACGAGUAGGCAUCGUUCCUUACAAAUUAUCUAUUCACUCUGGCAUAACAAGGACAUGAAGUCGGCUGUAGACUCGGCAGUUGCAAUGAACGACUUGUCUGUGAUUGUCGAUCUUCUUGGUGUGCUCAUUUUAAAGCCAGCCAUUUGGAAUCUCGACCUGUGCAAUACACUAAUCGCACCUAUCGGCGACCUUCUUCAGAGCAAGUAUGAAAUGUAUGUGACAGUCGGCUGCUCAGCGCUCAGGAUAAUAUUGCGAAACUUUGGCCCCGUUAUCAAAUCCAACGUCGAUGCGCCUCUCCAUACAAUCGGCGUCGAUGUAUCUCGUGAAGAGCGGUAUCACAAAUGUGUCACUUGCUAUGACAAACUUCUACAGGUUCGAGACAUUCUGCUGAAAAAGCAGAGCAUGCCCGGCAAGUUGGGUGGAAGUUUUCGAGAACUGUGCACGCUCAUAAGGACGCUCGAGUGAUGAUGUCGCAAAUUGAGGCGUCGAUCAUCGUGCCUUAAUCAUCACCAAAAACAGCAACAGUCGAGUAGGCAUAGGUCCUUCGUCGUCUUGCUACGCCAUAAUAUGAAGGUGGAGGUCAAAAAAUUGCCAGACUUACGUACGCUGACUUGCAGUGGCGUUGCCUGGUCAAAGUCAAAACGAUAAAAGGUUAUACAGCAUAUUCUAUGUUAGAAUUUAUGCUACCGAAUCGUAAGGGUGAAUUUUUCAGCAAUCGAGUUGAAACUUGUAUAUUUAGAUUAUGGGAGAAUGCGGCCCAAGUAUUUGUAAAAAUGCCUUAUAAUCCUAAUAGAGACCGUUAACAAUCGUACCCUAAGGUCACUCAUUGACUAUUUUUUGAUCGAAUUCGCUCAUGACAGUGAUAAUUCGGUGUCAAUAUAAGUGAUCGUUGUAUAUUUUAUGAUUAAAAAUGUAUCUUUUGAAAUGGUAGUGCUCGAUGAGUUAGUAAAAUGAGUAUUUUGAUUGAAAAGUGUGAAAAUGAAUACGUAAGUUGUACAAUAUAUAUGAUAGGUCUCGUAUACGAUUCCCAGACACAUUAGGAAUAGAAGAUUGAUACUAAUGAAAAAUAUGAAGGAGUUACUAAAUUUUCGUCGAAUCAAUUAUAUCCCCUGUAAAAUGAAUUAGAUUGAUGAUUUGUAAGCGAUAAACAUGAAGCAUUCGCCUCGUUAUCUUCCGAGAUUUUGAGACUUACUGUUGACUGACUGAAGAAUAUUUGAGAGAUGUUAUAUUUUGCAACGUUUCUCAAUAGACAUCGAGGGCGCACAUAUGUUUGCCAUUUUUAUUGUUAAUAUAAUUCCUUUUAGUAUUUUCUGCUUCAUAAUAAGGAAAAAUAUUUUGCUGAAAUAAUUAACCCUAUGCUCUCUUGAGGUUUAUUUCAAUUUGUCAAGCAAGAUUCCUUUUCACAUUUUUUUCAAAUAAAUUUUUGAUUAUUCAGUUUUAAUAAUAGUUUUACUAAAAAAUUACUUCGAUUAAUAUGUGUUAAUGAGUAUUUAACUCAUUUUUAAGCAAAUCAUGCUCUCAGGGGUUAUUAUACUAGAAUGAUUUUUCUUUUUAAUGUCACCUCAAGUGAAUUAAGAUGUUCUGUUUUUUAGCAGGAUAUUUCAGGAAAUGAUGCAUGUUUUAAAAUUAUGGUUAUAAUUUUUAUAGCGUUUUAAUUGAUUUAUAUACUACGUGUUUGAACAUUUCUUCAUCAAUCAUUUUUCCACAUUGUUUUUGGAAAAGCUGGUUUAAGUUUUAUUGACAUUUUAUUGAUAGCAUAAAAAUCAAAGUUUCAUAACAUUAUCCUUAGAAUUUUAAGUAGGUAGUUAAUUAAAAAUUAAAAAAUUUCUUUUAAUCAAAGAAUCAUAACAAGAUCUAAUUAUGAUUUUAAUAAUUGUCGACUGACUUCUCUUUUCUACGCUAAAGUUAUUUUCUUAAGUUCAUUUGUAAAGCGCUUAUAAAUUUCAUGUCAACAAAUUGAUUGGCAAAAUGAAGAAUAAUUAUUGUAAAAAAGGCUUAAAGAUAAUCUCAGCAGCAGCGACUAAGUAUGUUGAAAUUUUCAUUUUUGAG